AUGUGGGCUGACACGGUCAUCAAGAAGGACAAGUCGCCCGUGACCGUCGCCGACCUCUCCGCGCAGGCGCUCAUCUCGCUGCACCUCAUUCCCGCCUUCCCCAAGGACGAGAUUAUCGGCGAGGAGGACACGUCCGAGCUGCGCCGCAACGAUGCUCUCUGUGACAAGGUCGUCUCUCUUGUUAACGAGGGCUUCACUCGUGUCUCUGGCCCUAUGCAGAACGACACCUUCUCCAAGGACCAGAUCCUCGACGCGAUCGACAAGGGCUCCGCGGCUGGUGGACCCAAGGGCCGUUUCUGGACUAUCGUAAGCUACUUGUCGCUUAUAGAGCUGACACCGCAGGACCCGGUCGACGGAACCUCGGGCUUCAUCCGUCACCAGCAGUACGCUGUCUGCCUUGCGCUCAUUGUCGACGGCGAGGUCGAGCUUGGCGUGAUCGGGUGCCCGAACCUCGGCCCGGAGCCGGCCAAGAUCGGCGAGGAGGUCGUGCCGAACGGCAAGGGCGUGCUCAUGGUCGCGGUGCGCGGCGAGGGCUCCUACUCCCGCCCCCUGACUGAGGACAAGUACACGCGCCUGACGCUGCCGCCGAUGCCGCCGGCAGACAACCCGCUCACGUUCCUCGAGUCGGUUGAGGCCGGCCACUCGGCCCACGGCAUCCAGAAGCGUAUCGGUGAGCUUCUCGGCGUCCAGCGCCCGUCACUCCGCAUGGACUCCCAAGCCAAGUACGCCUGCCUUGCGCGCGGCGAGGGCGGCGUCUACCUCCGCAUUCCGACCAAGUACUCUGGCGGAAAGGAGUACCAGGAGAAGGUCUGGGACCACGCCUCCGGCGCCCUGCUCAUUGCCGAGUCUGGCGGUGUCUGCUCCGACAUGCGCGGAAAGCCCCUCGACUUCACCCAGGGACGCACGCUCAAGGCCAACGAGGGCAUCGUCGCGGCCGGAAAGGAGAUGCACGAGAAGGCCGUCAAGGCUGUCCAGGAGGCUGUCGGCGAGGCUGGCUACAAGCUCUAA